CUGGUGUGUAGCUGCCGCGGGCCCACCCGCCAAUUAGGACGCGUGCGGCCAGGCCUGGCAGAGCUGCCCUUCGCGUCACAACUCACAAGCUUCAAGGGUCCCCCGACGCAUUAGACCACCUCCCCAACCCGCCAUCGCAUUACCGUUGACCGUUUUCACCAGCUCAGCGCAAACUCAGAUUUGCCGCCUUCUCCCCUCCCAACCUGGACCUUUCCCUUACUUAUCCAUCCCAAUAUCCCAAUUGGCUUUGCGAGAUUGAACCCGUGUCAAUUCUUGCGCCAACUCCAACCACCUUACUAGCAGCCUGCUGACACGGCUGGCGCAUCGGCCUGCCAGCUCUGUCUGCCACUUUACACGUCGCACACGCGCACAACGAACGACAGACAACCUGCGCCGCAUCAUACCACAUCACACAUCAUGGCCGACGAAGCUGCCACCACGCCUCGGUCCGUCGCCGACCAGGGCACCGCCACACCAACCCUGUUGCCAGGCACCGCGACAGGCACCGCCACGCCCAUGUCCGCCGUCUCGAUCCCCCUCACCGCCGAGCAGCGCACGCUGAGCCUCAAGGUGUCGCUCGCCGACCUCACCGCCCGUGCCUCGGGCCUGUACGCCCAGAAGAAGUUCGACGAGGCUGCCGAGGUCUACGCCCAGGCCGCCGAGAUGCAGGCCGAGAUGAACGGCGAGAUGUCGCCCGAGAACGCCGAGAUUCUGUUCCUGUACGGGCGCAGCCUGUUCAAGGUCGGACAGGGCAAGAGCGAUGUUCUUGGUGGCAAGGCCCCCGCGACCGACAGCGGGAAGCCCAAACAGCAGCAGAAGAAGGUGGCCAAGAAAGCCAACGGCGCGCCCAAGGCCGAGCCGGAGGCCGAACCAACAUCGACCGCGGCCGCGGAAGAGAAGGUCGAGACUCCGGAGGCGGAUAGGGUCGCCCAGGAGGCGGUCAAGAUCAUCGCCGACGAGACGAGUGCCGGCCAGGCGGAGAAGAAGGAGGUCGAGGCCAAGAAGCCCCUGUUCCAAUUCACGGGCGACGAGAACUUUGCCGACUCGGACGAAGAGGAAGAGGCCGGUGCAGAAGGAGAGGGCGACGAGGACGAGGAGGAUGACGACCUCGCCACAGCCUUUGAGAUCCUUGACCUUGCCCGUGUGCUGCUGAAGAAGCGGUUGGACGAGAAACUCGCAGCUGCAGAGGCCGCACAGGGCAAAGGUAAAGAGAAGGCUGCGAAUGGUGAAGAUGAUGACAACGACGGCCAGGACGCCGGGCUCAGACACAUCAACGAGCGCCUAGCAGACACACACGACAUCCUCGCAGAGAUCUCCCUCGAGAACGAACGGUACCCUAACGCGAUCGCCGACGCCCGGGAGUCUCUCCGGUACAAGCAACAGCUGUACGGCGAGGACUCGGAGAUCAUCGCCGAGGCGCACUUCAAACUGUCGCUGGCCCUCGAGUUCGCGUCUGUCACGGCGCAGGCGGACGACGAUGCCGGUGCCGAGGACUCGGCGGCUGCCGUGAGCGCCCCGCCGCGCGAGGUCAACCAGGAGCUGCGGGACGAGGCGGCCAAGGAGCUCGAGGCGGCCAUCGAGAGCACCAAGCUCAAGCUGCAGAACAAGGAGGUCGAGCUGGCGACGCUGCACUCGCCCGAGGACAACGACAUCUCUCGAAAGCAGAUCACCGAGACCAAGGAGAUCAUUGCCGACAUGGAGCAGAGACUGGUCGACCUGCGCGGCCCACCGAUCGACAUGAAGGCCGCCCUCGGCGCCGACCCCAUGGUGGGCGGGAUCCUGGGCGCGGCGCUGGGCGAGUCUUCCACCGAGACGGAGGCGCGCAUCGAGGAGGCCAAGAAGACGGCGACGGACCUGACGGGCCUCGUGCGCAAGAAGGACAAGCGCAAGGCCGAGGGCGCCGCGGCCGAGGGGCAGGAUGGCGAGGAGGAGCCGAGCAAGAGGGCCCGUACCGAGGAGGAGACAGCCGCCGCCUCGUGAGGUGGUCACUCGCUCCAGCCUGAGGAAGGGGGCCAGCUGAUGUUCUCCAUGCCUGAAGUGCAUGGAGAGCGCAAGUGGAUUCAAUCUCUGGGAUGAGGUUUAAAAAGGGAAAAAAGUCCUGCCUCGGGCGGCUUGCAUCAGAUUCAUCCACAACUGCCAAGGUCCUCAUUGCAUCUUGCUUGGAGAUCACGAAAUUCCCUACUGUCGUCUUGACAUCUUGUCAUAUUUGUACCAUAGCAAACAACGCCACGGGGGGCAGGAUAUCUGGAUUCAGCCACUGAGGUGGCCACAAACGAUACUGCGGGCUGCUACAGAUAGCCGGCGUCACAGAGGCAAAGCCGAAAAAGGAAGAAGGGCUGCUUGGUUGGUGUCCAGGAACCACCGAACAAAUUGCUUUAGAAUCUGUCUUAUUUGUUCUGGAAAAAAAAAAGCAGUGAGAUUUCAUCGA